CAAAGCUGUAGGUAAUUCUGGGUCCUCUGCGUAACUCUUGGCCUUCCUUUUCCUAUGUGCUGUGGGGUAUGCAGGUAUUGCUUUGUUUUUGCUUUGGGAUACCUCACUGUGUGCCAAAUUACUAGAGUCUAUAUCUUUGAUUAUGGACAGUAUUCUGCUGAUUUUUCUGGUCCAAUGAUGAUAAUUACACAGAAGAUCACUAGUUUGGCAUUUGAGAUUCAUGAUGGAAUGUUUCGAAAAAGUGAAGAUUUGACUCCAUCACAGAGGUGCUUGGCUGUAAGACGUAUGCCAAGUCUGGUGGAGUAUUUAAGUUACAACUGUAAUUUCAUGGGUAUCCUGGCAGGCCCGCUGUGCUCUUACAAAGACUAUAUUACUUUCAUUGAAGGCAGAUCAUACCAGCUGCAACAGUCUGAAGCAAAUGGGAAGGAGGAUACAAAAUAUGAACAAACGGAUCCCUCUCCAAAUAUAGCAGUGGCACAGAAACUCUUAGUCUGUGGACUGUCCUUAUUAUUUCACAUGACUAUUACAAAAACUUUACCUGUGGAAUACAACAUUGAUGAUAACUUCAGAGCUACAGCAUCAUGGCCUGUAAGGAUUUUCUACCUAUAUGUGUCUCUUAUGGCUGCCAGACCCAAAUAUUAUUUUGCAUGGACUUUAGCAGAUGCAAUUAAUAAUGCCGCAGGGUUUGGUUUUAGAGGUUAUGAUAAAAAUGGAGUUACACGUUGGGAUCUAGUAUCAAAUCUGAGAAUCCAACAAAUUGAGUUUUCCACAAGUUUCAAGAUGUUUCUUGAUAACUGGAAUAUUCAAACAGCUCUUUGGCUUAAAAGAGUCUGCUAUGAGCGAGCCACCUUCAGCCCAACAAUCCAAACCUUCAUUCUUUCUGCCAUCUGGCACGGGGUAUACCCAGGAUAUUAUUUAACAUUUUUAACAGGAAUACUAAUGACACUAGCAGCACGGGCUAUAAGAAACAAUAUCAGACACUACUUUGUUGAAUCUUCUACUGUUAAACUAUGUUAUGAUAUUAUAACAUGGAUGGCAACUCAAGUAGCAAUAAGUUACACAGUUGUGCCAUUUGUACUGCUCUCAGUAAAACCCUCUUUCACCUUUUACAGCUCCUGCUAUUUCUGUCUUCAUAUUGCCAGCAUCCUGGUGUUGUUGGUAUUUCCAUUGAAAAGAACUGAAAAAGGAAGUAAAAAGCAUGAAACUAUCCAGCCUGUGUGGUCCAAAAAACUAGAAGAAGAAAAUGUUUUGCAAAAGAACAGUUAUUCCACAACAAAUAAUAGUUUCAGUCAGAAACAAGAAAUAACCUGCAGAUAUCAAGCACUAAAACAGUGAUUGAGAAAUACUAUGAUGAAUAUAUUUUGUAUGUUUUUGGAAACCCAUUUUUAGCACCUUUUAAAGGGGUUUGUAUUUGUUUGCAAAGAUGUUUAGUAAGAAAAGAAUGCAUUACCUAGGAAAAUCACAUACAAUAGCAAGACUGGAAACAAAACAAAUUAACCCCUCCCAUGCCAUGUCCCUGUGGGUCACGCCUUAUAUGAAGAUAUUACCAUUAUUUCAAUGGGCACUCAGGACUUGCAACGUAUGUCCAUAGGGUCAUAUGUGUGCCCUUUGCUGAAUGUACGUUGUGUAUCCCAAGGCACUGAUGGAGUGGAAUAAAAUUAUGUCAGUCUAGGAUUAACAAAUGGAAAUUAUUUUUUCCAAAUGAAUGACUUGCCUUAAACCCUCUAUUUACUGAAAUAUUGUUUCGAAGUGGUAUUUUCAAGCUUGAAAAUGUGGAAUGCAUAUUUCAAAUAUAUAAUACUAAAUGCUAUGAAGAUGAUAAAUAUGAAGUGGAAAGUCAUUAGAAGAUUUUUGAAUCUUUGAAAGGGUAUUGCAAUAAGCAUCUCAGUAUUUGGAGGGUUUUCUUAAAGUAUUUCAAACUGUUACAGUACACUACAGAACUGUAAACAUUACCAAUGCCAAAUUAUAUGUAGGUUUCUUUUUAUCAAAGAGUCUAAUUACAUAGAGUCCUUUCAAAUGGAUAAAAAAACAAAGCAAAACUGAAGGUUCAUCUUUUCCAAAGCUUGAUAGCUCUAAUGUAGGUUUCUUUUACUUUAAAAUAAAAACAAUUAAAAAACCACUAAGUGGACUUUGCAACUAGAGGAGGAAGGGCAGCCAUAGGACACACACAAAAAAAAAGACAAUGUGUAAGCACCAGGCUUUCAAUGAAAGUGCUUUUUUUACCCUUAAAUACCUGAAAUCCUUAUUCUAGAAUUGAGCUAUUUUACAAAUAACGACAAUAUCAUGCAGUAGUUAGCUGAUGAUUUUUACAGCAUAAAAACAGCCAAAUUUCCUUGAGCUCAUAGAUAAUAAAAUAGGAAAUUGGUCAUAACCAUAUUUUGUGUUCUUGAUAUUGAUGGCCCUUCAUCCUAAGAAAUGAGUAAAUUUGAGGAAAGGUUUUUUCUUUAAAUUAGAAUCAGAUACAAAGUUCACAUCACAUUUGUAGAUAGUAUAAAAAAGUGAGAAUAUCUGAUUGAAUUUUCAUUAUGGAAAUACGUUAAGGAGAUAAUGCAGUGAUUAUAUCUAUUCCAGACCAUUUUUGUGCUCAUGGUCCCUGCUAGAGUACUGUGUUAAAGGGCUACACUUUAAUUACUUAUAUUCUGUAUUUUCGUAUGACUUUUUUUUUAGAAAAUGCAGACUGUUUAUCCAUGUUAUUUUAGCUUUAAAAUUGAUGCAUUAUUUUUCCCCAGCAAUGUUUUGUAACUUGUUGAUUAAUAACCUACAAAUGAAUGAGAAACUCUGUCAUGAGAAAAUAUUUUGAAUCUUAAACACUUGAUCAGAUACCUGAUGGCACUAGUCGAGUGAAUAUUCUUAAUACUAGUAUUAAGAAUAGUAGUGACAUUCCUCAGUUUUGGGGAUGUUAUCCUGCAAAAAUAGUAACAAGACUUCUCUGGGCUAAGUCUUUAAAGAACCAAAUCCUAAGUCAGGUCAGAGAUGUUUCUUUGCCAUGAUAGUUUUGUGUCUGGCUUUUAGCUCCUUGCCCAAAAUUCAAGGAGGAAGAAAAUGUACUUCAGUACGUGGAGGUUAGCAUUAGAUAUGAAAGUGGAAGUGAGGAUGGAGUGAGAGCAGAUGAGUCUGUUUUGCUGAGCGCGGAUGCUAAUAUGGCAGUCAUGGAAACUGAUGAUCUUCAGAAGAAAAUAAUCUGAUUUGUAAAUCCUUACUUUGGUUACACAAGUAGAUCUGUCCUUGAAUGGAUUUGCAGUUGUCAUUUAUACGCCUUUUUGAAAAGGCAUUUUGUCUUUUUCCAUUGCUUAUAAGUGAGGGCACACUAGCUUCCAGUUUUUAUCCUUAUUAGAUACAGAAUCAGGAAAGACGUUUUCCACCUUCUGUUCUUGAGGGGAUGCUUGCAUUAAAUAAGGAAUAGAAUUACCCAUUUCUGGAGGGAUGAGUAGUUUUGGGAUUGAUCAUUCAGCAGCAUGAUUCAGCAUUUGUUGCUGUUGAACUUAAAUUCCUCUUCCUUUUUUGGUGCAAUCUACAUAUCUACAAGAAUAAAAAUUUCUGGAUGCUGCUACAA